AUGGGGCAAGUUUUGGAGAGAACACCAUCGCUUAUUGAAGAGGCAUGGAAACGAUUAACAUUACGCAAGUCAGUGGAUGAUAUGCAAAUUGAAAUCAAUGAAAAUCCGCUUAAUCGACCACUGAAUUUUUUUCAUUUGAACACACUGGGAUUAGGAGCAAUUAUUGGUGCUGGUAUAUUUAUCUUAAGUGGUAAUGUAGCUGCAAAUUUUGCUGGACCAUCGGUGAUUAUUUCAUUUUUAAUUGGUUCGCUUGUAGCUUUUCUCGCAGCUUUAUCGUAUGCUGAAAUGGCAUCGAUGGUACCUAUAGCUGGAUCAUCCUAUAGUUAUAUUUACACAACAAUGGGUGAAUUUUGUGCCUGGUUAAUCGGCUGGAAUCUGUGUUUGGAAUACACAUGUGCUGUUGCUGCCGUCAGUGUUGGUUGGUCAACUUAUGUAGCAUCUUUUAUUGAAUUCAUUGGUAAUACCAGUGCUGAAUAUCGAAUUCUAAGUGCACCAAUCGCUUGGAAUAAUACAUCAGAAAAUUUUUAUUUGACUGGAGCAUAUUUUAAUUUACCAGCAAUUCUUAGCAGCCGUACAUAA